GGAGAGCGAACCUCUCCUCACUAGGCCUACCGAUACAGAUCGCCCACUCCCGACGGUCACCCAACCGGACCAAUGUUUAGCAGCAACAGCCACAGUAGCAACAGCAGUAGCAGCAGACGGAUCACCAGCCUGGACCGACGACGACUGACGCAGCUGACAAAAUGGUGCACGCUUUUCAUCAUUUUAGAGUCUACGAGCGUUGGAAGCAGUUUAAUCACUUCCGCUAGUAGUUCCACCUCAUCCACCAGCAGUACAGCGGCCACUACCAGUAGCAGCACUUCCACCACCACCACCAGUCUCACCCUACCUAGUAGCAGCAGUUGGUUGGAAGGUACGAGCCACGCCAGCACCGCCGAUCCUUACUCUUCAACCACAGCCGCCGUUCCUUCCAUCGAAACACUGCCCCGUUUCGAAGCACUCGUGCAGGAAAGUCCAAACAGUUCCCGGGGCAAAACGCUUCCCCUAUUGGGUUCGGGUGCACUCAGAGAGACCUCGGCCCAGUCGGUCCUCGAGGGUGGUCAAAGGCUAUCGACCAGCAAGCGUGGUCCCAGUAGCAGUAAUAGUAACACUAUUAGCAGUAGAGGUAGUAUCACUAGUACCAGCAUUUAUGAUUCGCUGACAACCCGAAGGUCGUCAGGAACCGAUGGCAUCAGCAAACUCACAACCAUCGCACCGGAACUGGUGGACGGUCUGCGAGGUAGCGGAGCGAGCAGUAGUUUUAGUAAAAUCACUAGCGCCAAUCUAAUACUCGCCGAAGGUGGCCACGGUGAGUCCGGCAAGAUCGGACCGGGUCAGAAGGUGCCCGUGGGAUUCUCCGGCAGUAGCAGCACCAGCAAGGUGGGCUCUGGGAAAACUUCCAGCACGAAAGGGGGCUCGUCGGAGGUUGAACCAAGUGGUAACCGGCUCGAGGGUGGCGAUGUGACCACAGCUGAGGGUAAUUUUAGUAAAAUGUACUUCGAAACCGACAACCACACCACCAUUGCAUCCCAGGUUGGCUCGAUAGCGGUGUUGCCGUGUGCAGUACGUAACAUAGGCGAAGGUGUGGUGUCGUGGAUAAGGCGAAAAGAUUAUCACCUACUCACGAUCGGAGUCACCACCUACAGUAGUGACGAGCGGUUUAACAUCAUCCACUCAGAGGACACGGAGGAAUGGCCACUACAGAUAAAAUAUGUGCAGUUACGAGACGCCGGUCUUUACGAGUGUCAAGUUUCAACCCAUCCUCCGACGUCAAUCUUCGUCAAGCUGGACGUAGUUGAAGCAAAGGCGGAGAUUUUCGGCCCGUCGGAAAAGUAUCUUAAACCGGGCUCGAUGCUCCGGUUAACGUGUCGCGUCGUACAAAGCAACGAGCCACCGCUGUACAUAUUCUGGUACCACAACAAUCGCAUGAUCAACUACGAUGCACAUCGGGGCGUAAACGUAUCGACGGAAGCGGACAAUCGGUACUCGGAGCUUGUCAUUUCACACACCAAUACACUCAACUCGGGAAACUAUUCGUGCGUUUCAAACAAUGCCGUCGCUGCAUCUACGCUAGUGCACAUUCUGAAUGGCGAAAACCCGGCAGCCAUGCAACACGGUGAUCAUGGAAAUGCGGUCCUGGUGGCAUCACAUAUUCAUCUGCCGCUGGCAAUUGUAACAUAUCAGGUCAUCAAUUUCGUCUUAAAUAUGCAUUGAGUUCACUGCACAACGAGGACAAUGCCGACUAAAAGUGGCACGUAACGAUGUGCGAAUGGAAGCGACAAAAUGAAACCCAUGCGCGCAGCGAAAUCAACGUCACAGCGUGUGCAUCCUGUGCAUGGGGAGAAAACGCUGGAUGCAGUUGUUGUAAUGGAACCAUUGCGUAAUGAUUGAAAAUCAGCUGCUCAGCUGCUGCGUACAGUUCGGUUGAACUUAAAAACAAAACUAGUGUAAAACGAAUCGGGUCGAGUUUCGUUACACAAUUAAAGCUUUGCUCUUACCCGGGGAAGAAAGUGCCCGUGUGAGUGUGCAUAUGUGUGUGCGUGUAACGAAGAUUUGAUCCUAAAGUUCCCUUACACUUGGCGUGUGAGGUGUGAGCAGGUGUGAGUAGCGACCCGUUUAAAGCCGUGAAUACGUUGUGUGAUGAACAGAGAAGGAAAGCAGUGACACAUUGUACAUAUAGGUAAAUGAAAUGACAUAAAUCAAAUUUAACGUAGCGUUUGAUGUAACUUUGUAUGGUAUUUGUAAAAGAUAGUAAAUAAACAUCGGCGAUGCAUUGCACACGGAACAUACACCGACAAUGCUAUGAGGCGAAAACCACAUUCUGCUCCAACAACUAAACAAACAAACACAAAGAUUCAACUUUGUAAAAAAGAAAAAAAUACAAAUAUUCCACUCCUUUUGUUCCUUUUUAUUUUUUAACCAACUCGAACAUUUAAAACACAUCGCGAAAUAACGUUUAAACUCUGUACUUGCACGGAGCAGAACAGUUAAGGAGAGUUUAAUUUGUCAUAUCACUUAAAAUAGUAUUAUUUCAUAUACACAUGAAACGAUGGUGAAACAAAAUGUUUCAAAGAAACAGAGCUCCACUCGAACGCGACAGAGAAAAGAAUCCAAUUUCCAAACUCAUUAACUCAUUACUUCAACAGCGAAGGUUAAAAAGGGGAAAAGAAAUAAAACAAAAAUCAACCGUAAAACCCAUUUGCCUAUCAUCGAUGGGCAUUGUUUGUGAAGAAUAAACGUUGACAAAAAUGAUAAACGAAAACUCUGUUAGCUAAGUGUAGAUUGGUUCCGGAAAUGGAGGAGAAUUGUAUUUAAAAACAAAAUAAUAUUAAAACAAAACCAUCCCCCUCCCACAUUGAAAUACAUUCCAAAACUAAUGCAAGAUGUCCCUCUACAGAGAACAAAACAAACAAAACCCAACCAAAACACUGUAGGUCUUUAAAGUACAGCUGACAGCUGCGAUAUAAGACGAUUGUACAUAAACGAAAAAGGAGCGCUGUCGACAAGCAAAAAUGCUACGCGAAAACAACACGAGCAGCACCAUGUGAGCAUGUCCAACUACAAAUAGCAGUUAAUAAACGACAAGGACAAGCUCUGUACACUGAACGAGGAAAAACAAAACUAAUUUCUCAUAAACAAAACGAAGCGAGUAGGAAACAAAGACGCUGAUAAAGAAACAAAAAACAACAACCGUGAACGGGGCGCGAUACAGAGGGACAAAACCACCUGUCGCCUGAAUGCAUGCAAUUUGUGUGCAGGCGAACCCUUUUUUUCUGCGGGUGUGAAUCAAACAUCCCGCGUAACAACUGUGAAACACAAAGCGGUUUAAUAAAGGUAAAUAUAU